GCUGCCUCCCUCCAUCGCUUCCCCCAGCCCUGGCCCGUGCUCGUGCCUUGGGGAGCACUCUCACACCUGAAAGCAGAACCAAGAGAGACAGGGCGGCCCUGGAUUACCCGGGCAAGCGCAGGCUGCUCUCCCCUGCGGCAGCGUGGUUUUCGUGACUGCCCUCCACCUCUGGGGCAGAGCCCCUGGCAGGCUCAGGUGACUCGCAUUCCCAAAGGGACGGUAGGACAUGUCCUGAUAGCCAGACCCUCUUCUUCAUCCUCCCCUCUUGCCCUGCUGCAAGUCUGUGUGUGAGGGGGGUGGUGAAAUGUGCGGCUGCUUUUGAAACCUUUCCUAUUUCCAUAGGAGAGGGAAGCAGACCACCUUGCUCCCCCUCCCAGAGAAAUGCUCUCUGGGGAUCAGCGUGCCCCCCUGCUUCCCCCUGUGCUGUCUGGCAGGCAGAGAUUCCAUGGGGAAACUGAGGCACCGAGCAGGGCAGCUGCACCCAAAGUGUCACGAAAUGCUCGUGGCAGGAUCCCCCUCAAAAAAGGGGGAUGCUUGCUGCCCCAUGCCCUGCUCCUACACCAGGGAUACCACAAGAUAUAAUCUUCCUUGGCCAGGCUUUUUUAGCAUUCGGGCUGGAAAUGGAUGCCAGGCCAGUUUGGUGUUUGUGCAAUUCUGAGCACGACUCCGUGCAAGCGGGUGCUGAGCCUGCUGCACUCGGGGCGAGCUCUGUGCUCUUGCACGUGCCUUGACACCGACCUUUUUCACUGGGAUUGAGGGGCUUUGGGGUAAGUGUGGGUUGGGGUGAUUCACAGCCCAAAACAUUUGUGUUCGGAAGCACUGAGCUGCUGCAUGUCAUAAGGCACAAAACUCACCUGGGAUCUCCUGUCAUCCUGGGAUCCCUCGUGUUUUACACGAGCCCAUUCCAAACUGGCUGCAGGAACUGAAGGCACCACUGCUGCCCUGGGAAGUGCCUUUUUCUUCACGUUUAAAAUGCCCGUUCAUUCGGAAGAGGAGCAAUACAAAUGAAAGCAAAUCUUCUUUUUCCAGGCAGGGAAACUGAGGCAUGGAUUUAAGGAAGGGAUGGGGAAAGAAAAGCAAGGCUGGCCAAGCUGUCCUGCGAGGGUUGCUGGGGAGACCCGGCUUGUUCCCCCCAGGACCCCCCAUCUCCCCGUGAGCCCCCGCAGCACCGUGCAAGUUGUGAGCGUGACUUUGCCCAGCGAAAGGUGCGUCGUGGCUGUGGGACCCGCAGACCCCUGCCCUGUGCGGGUCCACAGCCGGGUGCAAUUUUGGAGGGUGGCAAACCCGCUGUCGGCCCCGGCGGGCACCUCACUACCGUGGGAGGGAUCCUGCUCCCUCUAGUGUCGGUGAAUCCCCACAGCGUGCCCACGCCAAAUCCGGGCAGGAUGGGGUGAGAGGGGAAACUGAGGCACAGCCGUGGACACCCGUUGUGCUGCCAGCCUGCGAGCAUCGGGCAGGGGGAUGCCCAGCGGUACCUGGGAUCUCCAGAGGUGAUGCCGGGAUUCGGAUGCCCCAAGCCCUUCCCCAGUCUGGGUGCUGAUUUUCCAUCUGGGCCGUGUGUGGUGCUAACCACUGCUAAUCCGGGGCUUGCUCCGAAGCCGCUCUCGGCAGUACUGCCCAGGUUUGGUUUCCCAAAGGGAGGGCAGGGGACGGCAGAGCAGAGCUGGGGGGAAAGGAGUUGCCCCCCCCCACUCCCCAAGGCUUGAUUUACCCCACUCAUUUCCAGCGGUGUUACCAACAUGAAGCCAGAGCAGCAGCACAGCUGCUGCCCAGUGCUUUGCACGCUCAUUUGCACACCAGCAAGGUGUGUCAAAAUACCUUGUACCCACCACCUCAAGUCACCUGCUGCAGGUCUCCAGCCCACAGGGUCAAUCCUCUCGUGCUGACAAAGCAGCACCAGAAACCGCCCGCGGAGGCUGGGAAGGGGACGGAGAGCCUUGCGAGGGGCUCGCUGCUCCCUGUGCACACAGCAGACCAACCGGCUGGGGGGGGAUUUUGCUCCUGAGGUGAUCUUGGUGAUUAAAGAUGGACCUUGGGCAUCAGCGUGAGGUGGGUGUGCAUGGCCACCGGCUGAGAGGGGCGAGGACAGUGUGUCCCUGCCUGAUAAAUGCCCUGUCCUGCACUAUUGCAUGAAGCUGUGCUGCUCCAGUGAACCUCCCGCACCAAUUUAGUAAAUCUCCCUGCGAGCAAAGCCCAGUUUUGUCUUCUCAGCAGCUGAUUCCCAGGGGGAGAGCUUCACCUUGUCUACAUCAAGAGCAAGGCAUCCAGCUGCUGCAUUUUCUGGCUUUUCUGGGCUGGGACCACGUCCUUUCCCACACUUUCUGGGUCUGACGAGAUGCACAAGGACAGACUUCGUGGGUGAACUUCCUAGUUUCACCCUUUUCCUCCCCUCUACCCACUUCAUCCUUUGUUCUGACCCUAUAGCAGCACUCAGGGACGCUCACACACACCUCUCUUUAAUGGGAAUUACCCGCAGGCACAAGCAUUUGAGAGGCUGGUACUUUCUCAUUGCAUGUCUGGGCGCAGAGGCAGCAGACCCCUUUGAGGCUGGUCUGGACUGGGAGGGCUCUAACAUCACCCCCAGGUACCUGGGCUUACAGAAACUGGCCCAGCUCCACUCUGCUGUGGGAAAACCCCCGUGCCAGUUUUUUCCCUGGCGCAGGUGGGGUUGUGCCUGCAGAGAGUUUCUCUCUGCCACCGCCGACGCUGCAUCUCAACGGGAGGAAGGUCCACGCAGUGGGAUGAGAUCCCGGCUCCGUGUAGCGACCUGCUGCAGAAGUCACCAGUGCUGCAGCGAGUCUGCAGUCAGCCUGCACGGGCUGUGCCUCUGCUGGGCCAGGGCAGAGGGAAGGGGCUGUGCACCGCUUUGCUGUGCCCGGGGGUGUGCGAAGCGUCAGCGCUCGUGCCUGAGCUGGUGGUGAGCAAAACCCCCUCUCGACAGUCCACGGCGAGUGCAGGUUUUGUGUGGACAUAGCCCCCAGGUAGCCAGAAUGGGAAUGUGGUGUGCUUAUCUCAGUUCACCCUGAUAAUAAGGCGCCUGCCACCAGUCCUGGGCCACCAUCCCAGGCAGGACCCGCUGUGAUCAGUCUCGUGGUCCUGGAGAGCUCGAGCCCGGUGCUCAGGAGCAGAGAUGCUGCCGCUGCCGCCUCCAGCCUGGCUUGUUCCCCGUGGCCAGCCGGGGGGUUGUGAUGGCUGCGGUAACGAACCUCCACCGGAAUGACUGCACAAACACAAACGGUUUAGAUAUUUAAGUUAACAUUUCCCUAAUGCAAUUCCUCCUUGCACUAAAAAUGGAUUCACCAUAUCCCUGUGCACCAUAUUUUUUCAUUAACAUUUUACUGGUGGGGGAAGGCAGGUCCCAAGGAAUACAGUAAUAAAUACAGCUUUAGAUACUGAAAUCUGGCCAUCUUCAUCCACUCUGAGGCUCUUGAGCUACAACAUUUAGCACUAAAUAUUCCCUUUCUCCCCCUCACCAACAAUGGCCAUUAAAACCUUUUGUUCUUAUCAUUUCCUGUAGUCGGAUGAAAUCAACCCGGGGCGUUUGUUUUAUUAUGAUGUUGUUUUCAAAACAUAAUAAUCCAUCGAUGCGCCAAGUGCUGUGGUAAAAUCCAUUCCAAGAUUUAGGAAGAUCCCCAUGAACCUUCUGCCUCUCACAAGAACCUUUCUAAGGGCUGAGAGGAGGUUUCAAUCAUACCUACACCCACUGCUGACCUUCCGAAUUAACGUAUAAUUGCCACACCGCAAGAGCGUCUGCCGUCAGACAAUAAGGGCAUAGCAAGGGGUCUGUGCAGGGGAGACCCACAAAGAGCUGACAGGGAUGGAGGUGGAUGUCCUGGAGAAUCUCUUCUGGUCCGGCUGAACUCAGCGUGUCAUCCAGGCGCGUGCUGGUGCCCUGGCCCCGAGGACCAUCUCACAGUGCUCCCUCGAAUCCCGUUUCUCUCUCACUGCUCCAGUGGCUGCUCUCGGGGGCUCACGAUGCUCCGCACCCCAAAGCACCCCAACAGGAGGACUAAAGGCUGGGUGAGUUACUGCAGGAUCUCGGAGUGACCCGGGACAGCUGGAGGGAGCUGGGAUGCUCAGGGAGGCAUUUUGGGGACAGCCGUGGGGGAGGAUUCUGAGUCCAGGCUCAGCUGGCCUCACCUGCCAGAGAGUGCUGGGCUCCAGGCUGCGCUGCUGCCAACGGAGCACGCCAGACACCCGUGCCCACAUCUCCUUGGUCUUCAUGCCAUACCCAGUGAGGUUUACGGUCUGGGUGGUCCAGGCUGGCCAUGGCCAUGGACAGGGUGGCAGACGUUGGUCCUGAAACAGUGGAUGAAGAAGAAGAAAGGUGGAAGGUAGAAGAGGCAGAGAUGCAGAUGUGAGACCAUGCAGAUGUGGGUCCCACAGGGACCAAUGAGCUUGAGACAGAUGUUCCUGGGAGGCAAACUCAUCACAUCUUGGAGAACCAAGAUGUAUGACCUGACAUUGAAGAUAGCAUGCAGCACUGGUCAGGAAGGCAGUUGUCACACCCUGGACACUGCUUUUGGCACAAGCCACCCUUGAACGGCUCUAAGAUGGGUGGGAGGGAUCAAGUGUAUACUGUCUCUUCCAACACAUGAAUUAGGACCCCUCCAAAGAAGUGUGUUCAGAACAAGCAUAAAGUGGUGGGUCUAGAUCUUCUUGCCAUUGUGUGUUGCAGUUACCAAAACUCAAAUUCAAAUGAACCUUUGGCAGAAGAAAAAAGUCCUUCCUGGGCUAUUAUGUUAAUAUGAAACAGUUCUGGCUCAGGAAUGCCCAAGACCACAAACUGCUGAGGGUUGGGAAGGUGCUCGAGGAAUUACUAAGCACACUUGCCCUGUUCUUACAUUCUCCUCUUGGCGUCUGCCUGAGACCACUUUUGGGGACAGAACACAAGGCCACAUAGCUCUGGUCUGCUCCAGAGACCCUGGACUUGUCCCAGGGUUUCCUUCCACAUCCACAGAACUGAAGCGGGGCUGGGAACAUCCUUGAGGACUCAUCGAUCCAUCAGCCUGCCACGGAGCAGGAGCUCCUCCGCCCACAGCACGCCUGGCCUGACCCUCUGGGGAGGGGGAGGCUGGGAGGAGGAGGAGGGCAUCUCUGGAGGAGUCUCCAGGGUGCAUCCCCUGCCGCCAUCAGCAGGGACCGAUGGCUCGGUGCAGAGCUGCACUGCGUGCCAGGGUGGGCCUGGUGCUGUGGGGGUUAGUGCAUCUUCUCUGAGUCCUGAGAAACAGAGAGCCCUCCUGCUCCCAGGCCAGCCCGCUCCCAGGGGGGAUUGCUGAUGGUCUUCUAUAAAUCCUCUGCGGCUGCGAGCCCUGACAGUCGGGAACAGGCUGUUUCCUUGCAGCGGAGCUGGUGGGAAGCUCAGGGCAGUCGUGAGGGAGGCAGGUGAGUGGGCUUUUUGCUCUGUCAUUGCAGAUUGCACUGUGCCACUGGUGAGGGCUCAGCUGGGUCCUCGCUCCUCCCAGACGUGGACAGUGUCCAUGAUACCUGCAAACACUCCUGUCACCCUCCUGUGGACCAGCUCAUUUCAGCUGCCCGAGGUAGGUGUUGCUCCACGGAGCUCUGUCCCCUUUCCAGAGGGCUGGCACGGAGAUGGGAGACCUCUCAGAGACCCCAAACUCUCAUGGUUCCCUGCUUGCAAGGGGGAAUAGGCAGCCCUGCAUCCGUCCAGAGAGCCACUCUUCACGCUAGAGCAGGGGGCAGCCCCUUUUCCACUCACAGCUUCGUGAGGACACUCGGUCUCAGUGAAAUCCUGGGGUGCGUCUGUGGAAUUUGUCAUUUUCGGGAGUACAUCAGACUGUAAGAGUUAAAAAAGAGUCAUCACUUAGAAAAGCAACCAAAAGGAUUCACCCUUCUUUUGUGCUCUUCCUGACAGGCUGUGACAUGUGAGAGCUCGGUAUGGACCUGAUCUCAAAUUUGGGAGGGUCCCGCAUCCUGCCAGCCCAGUCCCAGCGCACGCUCUGCGUGCUUGAAACAGCGAUGCUGCCUUGCUCCGGUGCACGCUGCGCUGCGAGCGUGCCGGUUUGCUGUGUAAAAGGUGGAUGAGACAAGGGAGUUCCCCAGUUCUUUGUGCACGCAGCUGAUGCAGCAUCCGUCUAGCACAGUGUGUGUAAAGCACAGUCAGAGCUCUGGAGGAAGAGAUGGGGCACACCAGAAAUUUAGGGCAAUUAAAAGCAACCUCUGACAGUUCCUGUACUCUCAGCGUGAAGACUGAACUGGGAAUUAUGGCUGCUUUAGCUGAUCCUGCAGAUGUUUUUGUCUGAAGGUGGAUAUUCCAGAUAAGGUGACGUAAACCUCCAUAAAAGAUCUCACUUAGCUGUCAAAACCAUCAUUUCCAGAGCAGUUCCUUAAAAACCCUCUUAUGCACCCUUUCAUUCCCACUGCCUUCCUCCCUGUUGCUUUCCAUGGGAUGUCCUUAUGGUGGUGGGGGGAAGACCUCUCUAGAAGAGGUUAGAAAGCCGAUGUGGACCACGCUGAGCCAACCUGGGGCUGCAGGGACCUCAGUGACCCUCGCUGAUGCAUGCUGAGGGUGCACUGGCUUUGCUCCCUGCAGCCCCUGAACAAGCACCCAAGGGAGCACAGGAACCCCUGCGGUAGAUGGUCCUUCAAAGACAGACGUGAGGACCCAAGUUAGGCAUGCGGGGAAGCCUGCAAGUGCCGUGGGGAGAGGACUCCAGAGAUUACAGUCCUUCAGUCCUGUCCCCAUCCUUCCUGGCAGCAUGAGGCACCGUGACUUUACAGAAAGAAAACUUUCCGUAAAAGCAGUUCCAUCUCUCCUCCACGUGUUUGCAGUGGGAGGAUGUCCAGAGACAUCCUGCUUUUAUACGAUGUCCUUGUAAUUUCCAUCUUACAUUUAUCCGCGUGCAAUUUACAGACGUUGCUUUGGGAGUAAUCACUAUCCUUCAGCUUACAUGGAUCUUUUUCCCUCCAUAUGUUUGUAGAUGUCCUGUGUUUUGUGGGUCUAAAAGGGCCAGGCUCUACUGGUCUCCACUCCUAAGAAAGUUGCCUUAUCUCCACAGGCAGACCAGUAUCUGAUCCGUUAUCACCUCCUCUUCUUUCACCAGAGAUUCCCAGCAAAAGCACAAAAUUCAAGAUCAGAGCUCGCCACAGCCCUCUCUAAUUGCAAUGUCACUUCUCUCUCUCUCGAUUUGCAUUUACACAAGCACUCAUGGACUUUUUUUUUUUUUUUUAAAUUGUUCAUUGCCCUGCUAUGAACAGAAGGCAGCCAGAACUAGGACCUGCCUACACUGGGCGUGCAACACGCACACGUGCUUUCUCCCGGUGCAUGGUUUCUGCGUCAGAGUGUGCACGCAGGCGGCAGUGAGUACGCUCAGACUGUUGCAGUACAGCUCCUGGUAGGCUUUGCUGCAGCACGGCGUUGCUGGUCAGGGCGAUGCCUCUCAUCCAAGGCUGCAGACGGAAGGGCUCCCGGGCUACCCCUAGUGCCACCCUGCCUGCGUGGGGUUUGUGACCCUGACGGCUUUCAUUCCAGGGCAGCUCUUCAGGGAUGAGAUGGAGCAUCCUUGUUUCAUCCUGACCAGGACCAACAGCAGCCAGACCAGGACCCUAUCAUUCUUUCUGGGUGGCUUUCCAGCAUGGGAAACCACUCAGAUGUGGUCUGCUGUUCCUCUCUGCUCUACGUACCUCCUGGCACUGCUGGGGAACUUGACUGUGCUUUCCAUCAUUAAGGCAGAGCGGAGCCUCCACACACCCAUGUAUCUACUCCUUGCUAUGCUAGCUGUGGCCGACCUGGGCUUGUCCACGUCCACGUACCCAACCAUGCUGAGGAUGCUGUGGCUGGAGGCCAGGGAGAUCAGCUUUGGCACCUGCCUUGCCCAAAUGUUCUUCAUUCACACCUUCACGGAUAUUGAAUCUGCUGUCAUUCUGGCGAUGGCCUUCGAUCGUUAUGUGGCCAUCUGCCACCCCCUACGAUAUUCCUCCAUCCUCACUAACUCGGUGACCACCAAGAUAUGUGUGGCAAUCGUCGUGAGGACCACCCUUGUCCAGCUCCCACUCCCAAUCCUGCUGACUCGGCUGUGUUUCACCAGGGUCAGCAAGCUCUCCCAUCCCUACUGUUUGCAUCCAGACAUCAUCAAACAUGCAGGCUCGGGUACGAGGGUUAACAGUAUCUAUGGCCUUUUUGUGCUGCUCUCCACACUAGGUUUGGACUUGCUCUUUGUCUUCCUAUCGUAUCUUCUCAUCCUUAAGACCAUCCUGAACAUUGCAACUUGGAGGGAGCGUCUGAAAGUCCUCAACACCUGCAUCUCACAUAUCUGCGCUGUCCUGCUCUUCUUUAUCCCCAUGAUCUGCCUCUCCAUGAUGCACCGGUUUAGCAAACACGUGUCCCCCCAGGCCUACGUUUUUACAGCUAACAUCCAUUUCCUUGCUCCACCCAUCCUGAAUCCUAUCGUUUACAGCAUGAAAACCAAACCAAUCCGGAGACGGAUACUGAGGAUGCUCUGCCAAAGAGGGCUCCACAGGUCCAGGGUUGCCAUUUGCCAGUGAAGCCAAUAUGAUGGCUGCUGCCAACUGUCUUAUACAGGGUACAACCCCCAAGAAGACCAACCAGGAGAGGGGAACAUGCCAAACUUCUGCCGAUGUAAGGAUAUGUGGCAAGUAAGGAUAUAAGGAAGGUAAAGGGUAUAUGGAAGGUAAAGGAUACGUAGAUACUUGCAAUGUAAGAAACAUGGUUUGUAAGAGUAUCUGGUUAGUGGCUCUUCAACAUAUAAACAGAGGCAAAAGACAGGAAAAACAACAAACCACACCUGCACACACCAACCCAAGACCCCAGGAGAUAACACAGACAAUAACGCAGACCACAACCUUCAGGUCGGUGACUGAGGGGUGGCUGGAGGAGCCGGGAGCAAAAAGGUUCAAGCUGAACUGCUAAGAAGGGAGAAAUAAAAUUAUCAUGGGUGCCCUGGGAAAGAGCAGGCAGUGCUAGAUAUUUGAUGGGGCUUGUGUAAAAGUUUAUAUGGGGUGAUUUAACGGGCUUGUGGAAAUGUGCAAAGUGUAUGAUGGGCUGUUUAGAAGAAGGACCAAAACCAAGGGAAAGGAGGGAUCUAGGUGUUUUGGGAAGGAGCCAGCAUGGGAAAAUGGAGGGGGGCUGGUAAAGGGGCUGAUCAAGUGGAAACAAGUUGCUGGUCAAUGCAGUCUCCAGGCCAUGCACCUGAUCACCACAGCCUGUCCUGUCUGCUCAUUAAACUCACUUCUGGCUCUUU